AUGGAUCCCUUCUCCUCGGCGGCGAUUGCCCGUCAGACUUGGGAACUGGAAAACAACAUAGUCACCACCACUGCCGCCGCAGACAACGCGGCCGCGUCGGACGCAAUAUUCUACUACGACGAGGCGGCGCAGGCUAAUUUCCAGCAAGAAAAGCCGUGGGCCAACGAUCCACACUAUUUCAAACGCGUGAAGGUCUCUGCACUAGCCCUCCUCAAGAUGGUCGUCCAUGCCCGCUCCGGCGGCAACAUUGAGGUCAUGGGACUCAUGCAAGGAAAGACCGAUGGCGACACUAUUAUUGUUAUGGACGCUUUUGCCCUCCCUGUUGAGGGGACUGAAACUAGGGUGAAUGCCCAGGCUGAUGCUUAUGAGUACAUGGUCGAUUAUUCACAGACCAACAAAGAGGCGGGUCGACUGGAGAAUGCUGUCGGGUGGUACCAUUCCCAUCCUGGUUAUGGAUGUUGGCUUUCUGGCAUUGAUGUCUCCACACAAAUGCUUAACCAGCAAUAUCAGGAGCCCUUCCUAGCAGUUGUUAUUGAUCCAACUAGGACAGUUUCAGCUGGUAAAGUUGACAUUGGUGCUUUCAGGACAUACCCAGAAGGUUACAAGCCUCCAGAUGAGCCUGUCUCUGAGUAUCAGACAAUUCCCUUGAACAAAAUUGAAGACUUCGGUGUGCAUUGUAAGCAGUAUUAUGCAUUGGAUAUUACAUAUUUCAAGUCAUCUCUUGAUUGUGAACUCUUGGAUCUUCUGUGGAAUAAAUAUUGGGUGAACACCCUUUCUUCUUCUCCUUUGCUUGGUAAUGGGGACUAUGUUGCUGGUCAAAUCUCAGAUUUAGCUGAAAAACUGGAGCAUGCUGAAAAUCAAUUGGCUCAUUCGCGCUUUGGACCCUUUAUAGCACCUGCUCAAAAGAAGAAAGAGGAAGAAUCUCAACUUGCCAAGAUUACUCGUGAUAGUGCAAAGAUAACCGUUGAGCAGGUUCAUGGUUUGAUGUCACAGGUUAUAAAGGAUAUACUUUUCAACACAGUUCGGCAGUCUGACAGAUCUCAGGCAGAGUCGUCUGGUCCAGAACCGAUGGUUGAAACCUAA